CAUAAUGCGCCAUGCGCGGUCACUUGAUAGGGCGUUAUAACACCGCGCCGCGCACAGCAAACAAACCACUGAACUCUAAACCGCCUGGUUCGCCGUCAGUCAUCAUUCAGCUAUCUUUCGUCUUACUGUUCCGUCCGUUGGAAUAUCCUGUACUUCUCCACACCUUUGCUAUUGUCUACGAAUUAUGAGUGUUCGUGUCAUUCUCCAUAAAAUUAUUCAUGACUGGUCUGUUUAUGCGAUUUAAAAAUAUCAAUAUUUUUAACCGUGAUACGUGGUUCGGUGAAUUUUUUAAACUUACGCUGUUCAAACUUCAGUGCCUGGAUUUUUUUUUUGGUCUAUAUCAAUUCAACCGUCCUGAAGCUUGUCUCUACCUAUAAUGUGUGCUUGAAGACUGAACCAUCAUGUCGCAUUCUCGUGAGACGGUCAUCCAUCUCGUGUCUGGAGGGUUGGCCGGCACAACUGGUGCUGUGGUAACAUGUCCGUUGGAAGUAGUUAAGACUAGGUUGCAGUCAUCAUCUAGCUUUGGUGCUAUGCGUUAUGAUUAUGUACCUAGAAUUGCAUCUGAAGACAGCGGUGGCAGCCGCAUGACAUGUAAGACAAUAUCGUCGUUGCAGCGACGACAAUAUAACACCUUGAGCGGCGCUGGUGGCCGACACUCCAGCACUCAAAUACUAACGUUUUCUCAAUGUGGUGUAGGCAGCCAGGCGACCAAGUCAAUGGGGCUCGUUCAGUGUCUCAGGUAGGAAUAUCAUAUAAAUAUAUUUG